AUGUCUUCUGUCGAAGAAAAGGCCAGACCUUGGGAGGCGGGGAACGCAAGGACUCUUAUCGAAGAAAUGAAGCUCCUAGGGGAGUUUAAGAGCCAGCCGGGUAAUCCGUCCUUUUUGUUUGCCAUAUUUUCGGGAGCAUGAGCUUCCUUGCAUACGAUUUACUGUAACAUUUGAGUUUCAUUUGAGAGUACCAUACACUCGUGGAUGAGGUUCAUUUGAGGGUUGUAAGCUGAUUCUUUUUCUUCUUUUCAGGCGCGAGAAAGGUGAUAAAUUCGGAACUCUGGCAUGCAUGCGCGGGUCCUCUUAUCUCUCUGCCCCAACCUGGCAGUCUUGUUUAUUAUUUCCCUCAAGGUCACAGUGAACAGGUGAAGCCGUCUUUAUUUCCCCAAGUGUUUGCUAAACGCCGUGUGCGGCCAAAAUUUCUAGAAUCCUUCCCAUGCAUUUUGAGUGAGCAUUACGUGGUUCUUCAUGCAUCAAUAUUUUCCCGACUUAUACAUUUUAUUCAGCAUGAUUGGUGAUUCCCGUGAAGGACGUGCCUCCAAAGAAUUUUCAGUUUCGAAAUUUUAUUGUUGAGAUGCCAGUUAAAUCUUUUCAAACUUGUACGUGACAUCAUAAUUUCGUAUUCUUAUCACAUGCCUUAAGGAUAAGGUGUUGGCUCGGUCAAAUAUUUAAAUGACCUCUGGCAAAAGUGUCAUGUGAAGCUAUCACAAAAAUGAUUUUUGGAUUCUUUUUUGAAAUAUUUAUGCUUAACAUCUCUGUCUGCUUUUUCUUAUUGAACUUGGAUAUUCUCACAAUCAUCUGCUUUGUCCAUGUCCGGUCUGGCAAUAGAAGAUACCAUCUAAAAGGCGAACAUUGAAUGACACAUGUUUGUGAGCUAAAUAAAUAAAGAUUUCUCGGUGGCUACUUAUUAGGGGUCGUUGGUAUCCUUUUUUUAUUUUUAUCUAGAAAAAUAUCUUAAGCCUUGAAAAAUACCUUGGUCUACCUCUUGCUUGCUUUCAUGGGUGUAGCAACGAUGGUCUUUUGUCAUUUUAAUCAUGCACAUACUUGAUUUAGUUUUAAACGCUUUCUUUUGCAUGGGUGUAGCAACGAUGGUCUUUUUAGUGAUUAAAAUGGAGCCUUAUAAGUUUACUUCAUGCUUUACGCUUUCUGCUUGAUUCUUAGUACUUGUCUUUCCGAGCAUUAUUCUUUUCUCAGAAUUAUGAAACCUGUGUGCCAUCAGGUUACAGCUUCAACUAGAAGGAUUGUUAAUUCCCAUAUUCCGAACUAUCCGAGUCUCCCAUAUCAGAUGAUGUGUCAGGUUCACGGUGUCACAUUACAUGUAAGUACUAAUUGGUUUAUUCUUAUGCUUACAUGUUGGUUAGAGGAUUUUCUGAUAUACUCGUUUCCUUUCUUUGAACUGAACCUUCCAGGCGGACAAAGACACUGAUGAGAUAUAUGCCCAGAUGACUCUUCAGCCUGUGAACUCCGUAUGUGCGAUACUAUUUUCAGAAAAUGUACCUUUAUUAAAUUGAUAUACUUGGUGACUGAAUAUUUAAACUCUAUUGAAAUUUCUCCUUGGCUGUGGUCUAUCACUGUAAAGCUUUAGCUUCCUCUUUCAUGUGCUCUUUUUAGGAGUUUACUUCAAUCCUUUGGGUUUUAAUAUACAAGUAAAUCAGUAUCUGUAGGGCUUCUGUCGAUAGGGAAUUUUUGUUGUUGUUGUUGUUGUUGCCACUGCUGCAAUAUCUCAGUUAGUCAUGAUGUUUUGUUAUAUGCUCUGAUAGAUUAGAUGUCAGGAUUAUUUUCUUUGAAAACAUGCCUUUUGCACGACGCUAGCCUUCUUCUUGUUAUUAGAAGUUUAACCCUUUCCUUUCUACAGGUAUUUGAAUAAGGUAGUAACAUUAAAUAAAACAUCCCAGUCUAAGCCCGCAUGAAACUUUUAUUUGCUCGAACUAAUGGAAUGUAUGUUGUUCAAUUUUAUUUUCACUAAAAAACAAGUUGGUCCCUUUCUCCAGGAAAAUGAUGUCUUUCCUAUCGCGGACUUUGGACUUACAAAAAGCAAGCAUCCAAUGAGUUUUUCUGUAAGACUCUAACAGCGAGUGAUACCAGCACACAUGGUGGCUUUUCUGUUCCACGCAGGGCUGCAGAGAAGCUAUUUCCCCAGCUGGUGAGGUUUUAAGAUAUAUAAUUAAGCUGAAAUAAAAUUUAAAUCUUCCGUCAUACACUAAGCUUGUCAUUAUAAUCAUCUAAUUUAAAUUUCAGGAUUAUUCCAUGCAACCUCCAAAUCAAGAACUCAUUGUUCAAGACUUGCACGACAACUCAUGGACAUUUCGGCACAUAUAUCGAGGUGAAAACAAAUUUUCUUCUCUAGUUCUCAUUUUUUUUAUCGUUAUCAUCGUCGUUAAUCAUUUCAACCUAAGUCUACUAUUUCAAUGAUCAAAGGGUUUGGCAAAAGUCUUCAAGUACAUGCCUUACCUCAACUUCUUGUGUUUCAAGUACUUCUACUAUAUGCAUGGAGGAUUCAAAAUAUUGGAAAAUACUGCCUGUGGCAUAUAAGCUCGCAUAACUAGCAAUCACACUUCAUCCUUUUCCUAUACUUCAUAUAAUGUACUGGGAAUUGUAAUAUUCUCUUGGUGGGUUACAGACAGAAUGCAUUAAAAAAACAUAUCAAAACUCUGUAGAUGCUCGACUGCAUAUUCAUGUUUCAAAGUUUUAUGACUGUUGAUUUUUUUUUCCUGUACGUGUCUAUCUUGUUUAUAUGUUUCUGUAGCCAUUUGCUUGAAUGGAUACCUGAUGUUUUUCAGGACAGCCGAAAAGGCAUCUUCUAACGUCUGGUUGGAGUGUAUUUGUUGGUGCAAAGCGUCUUAAAGCUGGUGAUUCUGUUCUAUUCAUCAGGUAACAACAAUUUUACUGCAAAAUUGUUUGAUAUAUCCACUUUUUGUCUGUUCCAACAGCAUAACCUGGCAUAAUGCUGUUAAAAUAGAAGAAAACAAAUCCACUUUGUAACUUACCGGUCCUCAAAUACCAUCAAGUUAUUACGUUGAUUGGAAGGGAAGGAAAACUAUUGUUUCAGCCCUGAGAAGUAAUUUUACUUAAUAUGUAUUCACAGUCUUAGAAAUUACUUAUUGUGAUUUGAAGGGAUGAGAAAUCACAGCUGCUUUUGGGCAUAAGGCGUGCGAAUCGUCAGCAAACAGUGUUACCAUCAGUUCUGUCUGCUGAUAGCAUGCAUCUUGGAGUCUUUGCUGCGGCUGCUCAUGCCGCUGCUAAUCGCAGCCCAUUUACUGUUUAUUACAACCCAAGGUUUUAUUCCUAACUCCUAUUUUCUCUCCAAUCUCUGGCUUUAUGGCAUUUGAGAUUUUAGUUUCUUGCAAAUUAAAUCACGUGAUCUCUGUGAAUUUCGUUUAGGGCAUGCCCUUCAGAGUUCGUUGUACCUAUUGCCAAGUACCACAGGGCUGCAUAUAACCAAAUAUCGGUUGGAACUAGGUUUGGAAUGAUGUUUGAAACAGAAGAUUCUGGCAAGCGCAGGUAUUGUUCGCGCCUUUUAGAAUUCCAUGAGGGAAAAUGUGAUUUUUUAGUUGUUCCUCAUGCAGAUAUUAGCUCCUCUAAUUCUCGACACACCCAGGUCUUUGGGUCUGUUUGGAAUCUUUGUGGCGUCUGUUUUUCUUAGGUUUUUUAUCAUCACAUUUAGGAUAGUACUAAGAACUGCUUCUCACUUUGGAAGAGCGAAAAUCAAGUGAGUCCAAAAUGAGACGUAAAUUAAUUGCUCCUUCUAACUGAUCACCUUGGUGUAUGCUGCUAUGUAUGUAGUCGCUGAAUCUGUGAGGAUUUACAACAUUUUGCUUUACCUUUUCCUUUGGAUGGGAUUAACUGUUCAUGAGGCCUAUGUUUGUAAUGUUUUGCGUCUCCAUGAUGUAUCAAAGCCGAGUAGGCUGUUCUUUGUUUCUUGUUCGUUGGUGUUUCAAUACAUGAUAUGGUUCACCAUGACAUUAGUUCUGGGUUCACUGACCUUUCACUUACUUUUUGGGGUUAAUCAGGUACAUGGGCACAGUUGUGGGGAUCAGUGACUGUGAUCCGUUGAGAUGGCCAAAUUCCAAAUGGCGCAAUCUUCAGGUCAGAUCUUUUGGGGGCUGUUCUUAAGCAUGGAGCUUCCUUAGUCGAGGCUCAUACUAACUGCUACAUUUUCAUUUCAUGUUCAGGUGGAAUGGGAUGAGCAUAGCUCUGUGGAAAGGCCAGAUAGAGUUAGCAUGUGGGAGAUCGAGACCCCUGAGAGUCUUUUUGUUGUCCCGGCUCUGGCUUCCAAUCUGAAGCGCCAAUUAAGUUCUGGAAUUACUGGUGAGACCCUGAGCAUCAUGCUGCCUGGAAGCGUUUGCCAUUUAUUUCGAUGUUCAUUUAAACUUACUAUUCCUUUGUGGGCCUAUGUUUGUUGACGUAUUCUAUAAAAUAAUCAACCGGGACUUGAGCCUAUCUUUCCAGCCUAUUCUGUGACAAACAUGUGCAAACAAUAUAAGAAUCACUAUUCUUUCCCUUUCUUUUUCAUUACUCAUAUGUCUUGAAUGCUUUCUGAAAGUAACUCUACUACCCAUAUUCUCAUGAUCUAUCUUCUAGUUGAAAGCCUGUGACAAUCUGUGGAUGGAUUCAAUUGGAAGUUAUUCGUUGAUGUAUUGUGAAUUGCCAGUCCUCUCUAUUCCGCCAAAUACCUGGAUUUAUAAAACUGAAUGCCCCAGAUUGACCUGAGCUUUGACGUAUUCUAAGCAUCUAGUACCAGGGGAAAUACAUCUAAUACGAGAACACAGGGUUCUCUGAAGGAGUCUUGACGUCUCAUUUAGUCAGAACUGAUAGGCAUUCCCUAUUGGCUUUCUUUUAUUUCACAUUCUCCUCCCCCUUUUCUAACUUCAGCUAGCUUUGGACAAUCUCUGGUUAUCAGGUGGUGAAUCCGGGCAAGGGAUGAUGAUUAAACGCCUGGCGUCUCAAUCUUCAGAAAAUGUCAACCGUACAUUCACAUAUCCUCCAAUUCCUGGUCUUCAGUCAGAUCUGCAGAUGGGAUCGCUAGUUCAACGGCCAUGUUUCAACCCCGAGAUUCAGAAUUUAGUGUAUACAAAUGCACUACGAAACAUGAGAAGCCAUGAAUUAGUCUUGCCUUCUCCUGCAGCUCCUUUCAGUUGCGUGAUAAGAGGGCAAGUACAAGAGGAGAAAACAGCUGACAAAACAGGAAAAGAACAUGAAUUGAUGGAGGGUUCAACGGGACCAGCCAAUAGUAGCCCUGGGGUUUCAUUGGAGCAGAAACAGUCAGCUGAUUUAGAUGUAUCAUCACGAUGUGUUUCGAAGGCAUCCCAAACGAUCACAGCAGAUAAGCAAGCUGUCAGUGAGCCUCCGGAGGAGUCGAGAGAUCAGAGUGAAAGUGAAGUCGGCAAGCACAAUGACGCUAUUUCAAUGGAUGAACAUGAAGAUGCCUCUGCGGAGGGAAAGGCUCCUGCAAAUCCUGAUGAAAAAUCUCAGGCAGUUGUUGAUGAACUGGAUGCGGAAUCUCGACCAUCUCAGCCUUCAGGGAAGUUCUAUGACGAGGAUUUGUCAACUCAAGAGGCCCCGUACCUCGCACCAGCACCACCAUUAAUGGGAGAUCUUCAGCACAUGCAGGACCAGCCACGUUUGGGAGCAAUAUCUUCGGUUGAUGUGAACAAUUUCCAUUCGGGCCAUCUUUCAUCUGACUACCUGGAUAAUGCUUGGUGGUUAUUGGGGAGCACUUGCCACCAUCCUUCUCUUCCUGGGUUGAAUCCGCCUGAGCUUCUUUCCAGUUCACUGAAGCAAGGUGGCAAUUCCACCACCAGCUCAGCAGACAUAUCUAAUGUUCUUGACCCAGAGAUCUCUGCUGCCACUGAUGGGCUCCAGUUUUCUCUGGUCUCAGAGACCAAUCACAGAAUUCUGCAAUCGCUGGGUCAUGGGUUUUCAAAUCACAAUCAAUCAAUCCAAGAUGCCAAGCUAUUGCAGACCAUUUCUAACUCAUAUGGACUGAGAGACUUCGCUGAUGGGAAUAUCAAUCAACAUGAAGCUUUCAGUAAUCUCCCUUUUACAAGCCACAGUGGAGAAGAUACAGCCGGUCCAUACCCCAAUACAGGCGUAGAAUGCGGCCUUGAUGCGGGGAAACUUUGCUGUUUUCUCAUACCUUCAGAGGGUCUUCACAGCAACUGCAAUUCAUGUCAGGACGUCCAGUCUCAGGUUACCACUGCAAGCCUGACAGACUGCCGGACGAUCUCCUUUCAGGAGUUGCCCGAUUGCUCGGGCGGAACAUCAUCAAGCAAUUUGGAGUUUGAUGAUCGUUAUCAUUUGAAUACAAGUUCAUGGAAGCAAGUCCCCCCCCCUUUACGGACAUAUACCAAGGUAUGAUAUGGAUAUCAGUUUUUUUUUUUUUUUGUGUAGGCCCGAACUCUGGUGUCUUCAAAGCUUCUGCUACUGACAUGGGUCAUCAAGCAAGCAGGUUCAGAAGGCUGGAUCAGUGGGAAGGUCAAUCGAUGCGACCCGUUUCAGAAACUAUGAUGAGCUCAAGAAUGCCAUUGCCUGCAUGUUUGGACUCGAAGGUCAACUGGACGACCCCAGAGGAUCAGGGUGGAAGCUCGUUUAUGUGGAUUAUGAAAACGAUGUCCUUCUUGUUGGAGACGACCCGUGGGAGUAAGUAGCUUCUGCCCGAGCAAUCCGCCGCUUUUAUUCUCUCCAAACUAUAUAAUUAUUUUCCCAUGUACCAUGGAGCUCCUCCCUAGUCAUUGACUACCAUAGAUUAAUACCAAGUGAGGCAUAUUCUUUCAGGGAAUUCAUCACUUGCGUUAAGUGCAUCAGAAUCCUCUCGCCCUCUGAAGUGCAGCAGAUGAGCCAGGAGGGGCUGCAGCUUAUGAACAUGGUGACGGGCACUGGUGACUUGUAG